AUGUUACGAUUCAUUACCAAGCCAAAAUCACUCCUCAAAACAAGUUCCAUCCUCUCCUUCGGAUUUCAAAAAUUCGCAAACCUUCCUUCCAACAACAAUGCAAUGCUGACAACUUUCCAUCACCAAGGUGAAAGAAUUCGUUUCUAUUGCCAGGCUUGUGAGGAAUCAAUUGCACCAGGAACCCCCUAUGAAGAUCAUCACUUGGAUAUUUACUUAUCCAAUGCGUUGGAUGUUAUGUUGACCGAUGAUAAACAUGCUUUGGAAAUUUUGGACUUUGUUUUAUCUGCUCGACCUUCACAAGCCAACGUACUAUCAAAGAAGGCUGCAAUUUUAUUUGGAAGAAUGGAUUUUAAGGAGGCUGUUGUAUGUUUGGAUAAAUGUCUUGAUUCUGUACCUCCCCAUGCAAGACCUUAUAUUUUGGAAGAUGUUAUUUGUACAUAUAAGGGAAAUUAUUUUGAGGAACGAUAUGUGAUGCACUUAAUUCAAGGAGUUUUUAGAAGACAUCUUGGAGAAUUGGAUAUUGCUAUUUCUGAAUUUGGAAUAGCAUUGUUGGAUAGAGCCAAUGAUCCAUUUGCAAUUAGUUUGAGAGAUGAGCUCAUUGAAAAGAAGAAACAACAAACCAACUGA